AUCCUCAAUUGCAUCCGACUCUACCAGGCUCAAAACAUUUUGUUGCUGCAAGUAUCAGGAAAGCACGAGAGUGAGAUAAUGGAUUUCAUUAGAUAAGAAGAAUUGCGGCUCUUAUCAAUGAGAGUCUAUUUACACGACCUUUUGAUAUCACACUUGAUUUGCGUUUCCCACUUGAACAACUCGUUCUAAACAAUUCCAGAAGUGUUACAAAAUGACGAUAAACUUAUUUCAGGACCCGAUAUCUUCAUAUCGUGAGUCAGACACCGAUGAUGACCUUGACAAUGAGAUCGCCGAGCUGGAGCGCAAGCUGGCCGCAGCCAAAGCCAAGCGUUGCAAACACCCCCGAUCCCGGCUUGAGGGCGACGACUCAUCAUCAUCAUCACCGGAACAACCGCUGUUGGCACCUAACCUUCCAAACCACUUCCACCUCCUCCUCUCAGACUCCGCCCUCCCACUGGGGAGCUUCGCCUUUUCGUCCGGGCUGGAGUCGUACCUCGCCCACGGCCACAAGUCAAACCCUUACCACCCUCACACCUCCUUCGCAGCGUUCCUCCCGCUGUCGAUAAGCUCCUACGCGUCCACCACCCUGCCGUUUGUCCUCUCGACGCAUCGGGACCCGUCACUGUCGAAUCUGGUCGAGCUAGAUGACGCCCAGGACGCAAGCAUAAUCUGCACUGUUGGCCGUCGGGCGAGUGUAGCCCAAGGGAGGGCGCUGCUGGGGAUAUGGGAGAGGUCGUUUUCGCAAUCCCUCCCCCCCCUGGGUUCGUCAGUGGUAACGUCAGCGCAAAGGGGUGAUCUCAAGGCUUUUGGGCUGCUGGUCAAAAGGGGGUCGAGCAAGGAGAUCCCGGACGCGAGCGCUCAUCUUGCGCCGCUGUUUGGGGCGAUAUGUUCUGUUGUUGGACUGAGUCUGCAGCAGACGGCGUAUAUUUUUUUAUUUGGGCAUGUCAAAGCACUCGUCUCAGCAGCGGUUAGGGCAGGGAUGUUUGGGCCGUAUCAAGCGCAAAAGAUACUUGCUGGGGAGACGGUGCAGGAGUUGAUCACGGAGAUGAUCAAGCGGGAGUGGGGGACCAAGGUCGAAAGAGCCGGGCAGAAUGUACCGGUUAUGGAUCUUUGGUUCGGGAGGCAUGAGGUGCUUUAUUCAAGGAUAUUUAAUAGUUAGGUGAGACAGAUGUGGUAUCAUUAUGCCUUUUGUGUAGCCAAGGUAUCUCUAUGAGAAAAGGAACGCCAUGAUGAUAUUCUACAAAGCCGGUUGGGUUGGC